AGUGACGUCGUAGACCGCCACUCGGAAGUGCGACGUCAGCUUGGUCAAUUUGAGGCAAGUGCGCCCUUGCAAUUUGGCGCAAUGGAUGUCAAUGUCGUGCUUGGCGCUGCUGUGGCGGCUGGUGGCAUUGCAGGGUUUGCUACCAAAGGCAGUGUGCCUUCCUUGCUGGCCGGCAGUGUCGGCGGCUUGUCAUUGGUCGCUUGUGGGCGAACCGCUAGCUACAGAAGCGCAGCAGCUAUCACUGCCUUCUUGGUCAUGAUGAUGGGCGUGAGGUACGCCAAGACCAAGAAGGUCAUGCCUGCAGGGCUGGUGGCUUUGCUUAGCGCCGGAGGUUUGGUGUUCAACUUUGUGAAAAUUCAGAAGUGAGGUGCGGAAUUUGGAGCAUGGUUAGAGCACUGGUUGUAGCUCGUAGCUGUAGGUCUUUCAGACUGCAUUGCUCAAGUGUGUAUGGC